GCCGUCGCCGUCGCCAACACUACCACCACCGCUACCACCGCCACCACCAUCAACACUACUACUACUACUACCACUACCACUACCAUCAACAGUACUAGUAUCACCACCUCCAUUACCGCCAUCGCCGCUGCCGCCGCCACCGCCACCGCCGCUAGCUGCGGGGGCGCUGCCGCAGCAGCCGCGACUGCGCUCGAGGUGCUUGGAGGGACCGAGGCUGCCGCCCGGGAGCUGAACUAUCGACGCGCCUCCUCCGAGUCCUUGUCCCUCGACGACGAGAACCAGCAGCGGCCCGGGCUUGCUGCCCUAGGUAAAGUGAACGAAGAGGAGGUGUCUCGAGGUGAAGUUGUCUCUUACAACAUGGUGGCGGCGAUGAACGAGCACCUGUCGUCGUCGUCAGUGACGAACAGUGUACGUUUGACGACAACAAACACAGUCAAGGACAAAGUUAAAGACCAAAAUAAAGAUAAAGAAAAAAACAGAGUUUCUACCGAAGACAGUGGCAAAGUUGUAGGCAUACUAGGUUUCCCUUGUGAUUUUGAUCACAUGUAUGCCAGUAUGACAGACGGUGGAGCUCCUGCUACGGCUACGUCAACACUUGGUGUCAGCCCUUUAAGAGGAAACGAAGCCAGACAAAACGAUUUUACGGAGGUAAAACAUCUUAAGGAGUUGCUACUGCUGCAUUUGGAUCUUAUUCAACAACAGUCUGAACAAAUUGUUACAAAGGACAAAUUACUGGCUGCCCUAAGACAAGAGAAUGAGACGCUUAAACUGCGGCUGGAGCGUAUGGAUAGGCGAGUGAACCUACAAAAGCUGCGAUCUGAGAAUGCUGAAAAUGCAAUUGACCAUGUUGGACCUUGUUCACCACCAUCCUUAAAUACAUCUUUAAAUAGUCUUCCUUCAACUAGUGAACAUCACAAAAUUACUCAACCAGAUUCUAUUAGUCCACAAUAUGGUGAAAGUUUUAAAAUAAGAUUAAAUACUACUGGAGGUAUUACUACAGUGAAACAAGAAUUGCCUGAUAAGUUUGAAUGUAAGCAAGAAUCAACGGGAGAUUCUUGGGAAAACAAGAAAAAGCGUAGGUCAGAGUCAAUAGCUGUGAAUAAUAGUAUCAAACGAAAAAGGGGUGUUUCUAGUUCUUCAACGAUAAGCAAUGACACUUCUUCAACAUUACCAGAUACCCUUGGUGGCAAAGGCCCAAGUCAUGAAAAUUUAAAAAAGUCAGAGAAGAAAGGAAAAUCUCUGAGUAAAAGAGAAUGUUUUCUUACAACUGAAGAACAUUACUACACAGCAGUUGGAGAGACAAAUUACUCAUUAAGUCUUAAGGAUCGAUCAUCACCAGAUACUAGUUCUAGUAAUUUGGAAGUUCCUAAUUGGAGGGUAAAAGUCUACACAAGUUGUUAUACAAUGGAAGGCACUGAAAAUUUAGAUGAUGAGAUUUUUAACAAAAGGCAUUUGAAACUUGAAAACGAUGAAAGACGGCGAAAAAGAUGGGAUGUUCAAAGGAUAAGGGAACAGAGACAUAUCGAAAAGUUGAAGCAAAGACAAGAAAGACAGAGUCAUCAUGCUGCUUGUUAUAAUAUUAAUCAUACCGGUCCAUGCUUAUCUUCAAUAGAUGAAGAGAAUGUUACGACAUUAUGGCCAGAAAUUGAUCAAAUACAAAGCAUUCAAGUUGAUACUCAAUUGCCCAUAUCUGCAUUCGGAGCUUCUGUUCCCAGUUUUAUUCCAAGUGAAUUCUCCUUACCUUGGUUAAUCAAUGCUAAGUCGAAAGCACGACGGCCCAAACGAUCCAACAGUAGGAGAAGAAAAUCGUCCAGAAGAUAAGAGUUUUUAAGCGUCAAGUGCAAAGGUGAUUUUUAUUCACGAAAAAACUUUUAAUUGCCGUAAACGAUUGUUACGGAAUCAAUCGCGUUUGAUUUUUUAAUUAUCCCGAGUGCGUUAUUCCCGCUGUGUAUCAUAGGGCACCAAAGAAACCCCCUUAUUUUUAAUUCAUUCAUGCUCUUUUUUAAGUAAUGUUUUUCAAACAAUUAUUGAAGACAGUGACUAGCCGUUCAUUUUGAUUUUCUUUGAAAGUUCAUUGCAAUGUAACGCAUGUAUUAACAAGUCGAUGAGACAGUAGGCUGAUUUUUUUUGUAUUUUGUACCUGUAACCAGUGUUACGUUUUGUUAUUUUAUUCCGUGAAUAUUUCGUAUGCGUAUAUACUUCGUAAGAUUUGAUAAAUUAUUGUCAAACACAAAAGGAUUCUAUAAAUUGAUAACGAAUGAAAAUGUGUGUCCUAUUAUAUUGAGCGUAUCUUUUCAGGGGACAACAAACAUUUGUAUAAAAUGUAGAGAUAUUAAGAUGUACCGUGUAAUGUCCAUUGACAAAUCUUUGUAAAUUUUUCUCUGUAUAAGGGAGAGAGCGCCAUUAAUUAUCACAACAAAAAUAGAAACGAAAUAUGCAUUAAGCAGGCCUAUGUUCAAUCAGCGUGUUUUAUUUAUAUUUUUUUAACAAAACUAUAGUAUCAAUAUAGCUGAAUUUCAUGAGUUCACGAUUAUAUAAUACAUUCAUUUUUUCAUCUCAUUUGUUUUUUAUACUGUACGUUAUAUGUCUUUUUUUAUUUUUUCAUCUAUCAUUAUGUCACAAUUCACAUACUUUAGUUGACUUUAUUUGAGCUACUUAUUUUUUUCUUUUAUUUUAACAUGAAGAAAAAAAUGAAUACGAAAUCCCUUUGUAUGUUUGUGCUUAAAUAUGGUAUUAUUGUAAUCAGAAUGAUCUUACAAUAGUAGGAUCAAAAGAGAAACAAAAAGAAAAAUGUGGGCCUUUCAAGCUCUGGUUAAGAGUGAAAAAAAAUAUAUGAUAGUAUA